UGAAGUAGCAAUGACAUCGAUUGUUGUUGUUUCUCUGGGCAACUGAUAUUGAAGUUAGAUACCGGUACAUUUGUUGCCAUUGUGUAAUCGAAUAUUGGACAUAGCGCGCGGACUAAAUCGCUGCUGAACGAACGCUACAUUGUAUCAAAUGCGAUGGGUGCAGCAUCGAGCACAGAGGGUGAAAGGGAACCUCUUCUUGUUCCUCCUGACCGCGAGACGAGCAUUCAGCCAGUUUACAGCCAAGUCUACGGGAGAAGAUGGCUGGUUCUGACUCUGUUUUCCUUGUUGGCGUUCAUGCAAGGGAUAGUAUGGAACACCUGGGGCCCAAUUCAGAACUCUGCCAUGCAUGCAUACGAUUUCACCAAAUCUGACAUCGCCGUGCUUGUUCUUUGGGGGCCAGUGGGGUUCGCGCCUUGGCUACUAUUUAUAUGGCUAAUGGACAAAAAGGGUCUGCGGGUGUCUCUUCUACUGUCAGCCUUCUUCAUGGUGAUUGGGGCAGCGCUGCGAAGUGUCCCUGUACCAGAACAACAUCUAAGACGAUGGUUAAUACACGGCGGUCAGCUGCUGAAUGGUUUGGCUGGUCCAACCAUAAUGAGUGCCGGCCCCCUCCUCUCCACCACAUGGUUCGCUCCGGACCAACGAGCCACAGCCACCGCUGUCGCCUCAUUGGUGAGCUACCUGGGGGCGGCGUGCUCCUUCAUUGUCGGCCCACUGCUUGUGCCCGCCCCCAACGACACCACACGUGCCAUGGUUUACCGAGCCGACGUCUCGACAGACACCCAGAUGAACCACAUACGAGACAGAAUCCAACUGGUUUUGUAUGCAGAGUUUGGUGUGGUGACAAUGCUGUUUGCUGCGGUGCUGCUCUACUUCCCCUCCCGACCCCCCAUGCCUCCCAGUGUGGCUGCUGCCAGUCAGAGACUCAGCUACAGGAGCAGCAUCUGCAAACUACUCAGUAACUUCCGGUUCCUGAUGAUAGCAUUGGCCUACGCGGUGCCUACAGGGGUGGUGGCAGGCUGGUCAGGAGUUCUGGACAUGAUCCUCACCCCUGCCAGAGUCAGCCAGGUGGAUGCUGGCUGGAUCGGGUUCUGGUCCAUUGUGGGCGGCUGUGUGUUUGGAGUGGCCAUGGCCAGGUUUGCAGAUUCUAUCCGGGGCAUGCUGAAGCUCAUCCUGGUCCUGAUGAUGGCUGGUGCUUCCCUGGCCUCCACCUGGUUCACAUUAACCUGCCUGACCAGGCUCACACACCUACCCUCCACUGCAGCUACCCUUUACACCUCCUGUAUCCUGGUGGGCAUCUUCAUCAACAGUAGUGUGCCCAUCUUCUUUGAGCUCUUCAUCGAGACCGUGUACCCCGUGCCAGAGGGCAUCACCUGUGGCGUGGUCACCUUCCUCGGUAACCUGGUCACCGGCUGCCUCCUCUUCUUCCUCACCUUCUACAGCACAGAGUUGUCGUGGCUAAACUGGUGUUUGACGGGCUCCUGUGCCUUCAGCCUCGUCCUCAUCCUCUUCUUCAGGGAAUCCUACGACCGCCUCUACCUAGACGUCUUUGUCUCAGUCUGACACACACAAAAAGACUGGAACAAGAGGAGAACAAAGACAGGAACAUUUUGAAACACACUGCACAGAGAAGAAGAGGAAGAAGAAAUGAAUUUCAGAAGUGCAACCUUGCGCUCUUUUACGUUUUAAGUAUAGCUGUAGUUGUAAACUUGUAAUAUGACGGUGGUCGGUGAUUCAUUGUGAAUUCCUUGUAGCCAAUGAGAAGCGCCAGCCAAGGGCCUCAGACAAUUAGUAAUUAAUGUUAAGUCUUUAUAAGUGUCGGUUUGGCCAGUUGGUCCUCUGAUGCAGCAUUGUCUUGUCUUUUUUAUAAUGUAAACUACAAUGGGACCUGGUCAUGAUGAGGGACUGUUGUUGUCUAAAGAUGCACUCUGUGGCAGGUGGUUUCCCUGUGGCCUGUUGGUCCUCUGAUCUUAAUGAGAGAAGAGAGGCCUGAUUGGCUGAGUAGCUCUAGCAGCCAAUCAGCAAGCCCCACCAGUCUGUGCUAACAAGGGACCGUAUAGCAUUUUAGUGUCACUCAUAACUGCUGGUUAUGAAUUGCAGGGGGCUAAAACUGUCAAACUAAGCUGUUCUGUAGAAUUACCUGUGAUAUUACAUGUCUUUUAAUAGUGACAUAUGGUCACCUUUUUUUACUAUAUCCCCCUCUCUCAAGACUAAUGCAAGACAUUUUUUCUCCCUAUGGGAUUGAAUUGAUUGCAGGCCGUGCAGGUUCCUGCCAGUGUCGUCGACUAUGAUUGGACACCACCCUGGUGCACACCAGCGUCUUGGGAUAUGAUUGGAUAAGCCGCAGAGACCGCCUCGCUCUGCAUGCAAAGUCACUGCUUUAAACUCUCCUCUCUGUGUGUGUCGAGGCUCUGCUGCGCGGGUCUCAUGGUGUUUCCACACAAUCCGUUUUAAUGAGCAGUUCAGAAUAUGGACGUUGGAAGUAGUAGUUUCCCCGUGUCAUUCUGACCUUUCAGCUGACAACAGGAGUCAGAUAUUUUGGUUUGAAGUUGGUUUAUAUGCAGACGAACAUUUCAAAAUUGUCAGAUGUUUUUUGUUGUUGCUGUUUACAGUUUGUUAUACUAUAUAGGAGAUUUUUGAAUUUUGAACUAAACUCGUUUCAGUGAGAGGCAUGUUUUUAAAAAUGGUUUUAACAUGAAAUAUUUCUCAGUAGAAAUGUCCAUUAUUAUUACAGAUGUAUUUAUUGAGGGAUCAGAACACUAACACAGUAGAUACAGAGCCAAAUACAAAGACUGUCGUGAAAUUUGUGAAUACCGCUGUUGCACAGCUGAGACUGUGGCUGAUUCUGUGGAAACCACAAACUAUUAAGUCACUUAUUAAGUCACCACGAAGCUGCUCUACAUCUAACGCACAGCGUUCACCAGCAGUAGUCACUGUGCUGAGGACACUGACAACAAGAGGCAGGUGGUGGUUCGGUAAGCACCUCCUUGCUUGGACUGUCAGGGUUGGACUUGGAGGGGAUGCUUACUUUCCCACGGAGAAAUAACACAUUGAACUGAUGUUCAACAUGAAAAAGAGGGGAAAGAACCACCUUUGUCCAGAUUGUGGAGUGACUGGUCCUGAAAGGCACUAAUCUAGAAGGGACUUUAACUGGGAACUUAUUUUUUCAACAUGCCCCCUGCCCGUGUACAAGUGGGGGGUACUCCCCAAAACCACUCACCAACUCCCAUUACUCGGCUGUGCCACAGACAAACCACAGAAAAUGUUUUUCCUGGGUGAUACGGUAUAUAGUAUGUACAAUUGAAGUCGGAGGUUUACACCUUCGCCAAAUACAUUUAAACUCAUUUUUCCACAAUUCCUAACAUUUAAUCCUAGUAAAAAUUCCCUGUCUUAGGUCAGUUAGGAUCAUCACUUCAUUUUAAGAAUAUGAAAUGUGCCAUCUAUUUUGUGAUGUACACCAGUCCCUCCUGCAGCAAAGCACCCUCACAACAUGAUGCUGCCACCCCCGUGCUUCACAGUUGGGAUGGUGUUCUUCGGCUUGCAAGCUUCCCCCUUUUCCUCCAAACAUAAUGAUGGCCAUUGUGGCCAAACAGUUCUAUUUUUGUUUCGUCAGACCAGAGGACAUUUCUCCAAAAAGUACUAUCUUUGUCCCCAUGUGCAGUUGAAACCGUAAUCUGGCUUUUUUUAUGGCGGUUUUGGAGCAGUUGCUUCUUCCUUGCUGAGCAGCCUUUUCCGGUUAUGUCGAUAUAGGACUUGUUUUACUGUGGAUAUAGAUACUUUUGUACCUAUUUCCUCCAGCAUCUUCAUAAGGUCCUUGGCUGUUGUUCUGGGAUUGAUUUGCACUUUUCGCACCAAAGUACAUUCAUCUCUAGGAGACAGAACGCUUCUCCAUCCUGAGUGGUAUGACGGCUGCAUGGUCCCAUGGUGUUUAUACUUGCGUACUAUUGUUUGUGCAGAUGAACAUGGUAUCUUCAGGCAUUUGGAAAUUGCUCCCAAGGAUGAACCAGACUUGUGGAGGUCUACAAUUUAUUUUCUGAGGUCUUGACUGAUUUAAUUUGAUUUUCCCAUGAUGUCAAGCAAAGAGGCACUGAGUUUGAAGGUAGGCCUUGAAAUACAUCCACAGGUACACCUCCAAUUAACUCAAAUGAUGUCAAUUAGCUUACCAGAAGCUUCUAAAGCCAUGACAUCAUUUUCUGGAAUUUUCCAAGCUGUUUAAAUGCACAGUCAACUUAGUGUAUGUAAACUUUUAACCCACUGGAAUUGUGAUAUUUUGAAUAAGUCUGUAUUUUGAAUCUGUCUGUAAACAAUUGUUGGAAAAAUGACUUGUCACGCACAAAUUAGAUGUCCUAACCGACAUGCCUAAACUAUAGUUUGUUAACAAGAAAUUUGGGGAGUGGUUGAAAAACAAGUUUUAAUGACUUCAACCUAAGUGUAUGUAAACUUCCCACUUUAACUGUAUGUUCUGAAUGGUGCUUGUCUUUUCCUCUCUCCUUGUUAAUUUUUUAACUCACCUUGUACAGUAAGGGUUUUUCUCUUUACCUCAUGGGGUUGUUCCACCAAUUUGGUGCCUUUUGAGAACUGUUAAAUGAGAAAGGAAUUUCACCUAAUUUUAACAUUCUGUCAGAGCACAUGUUCAUUAAAACACAUUUUCCCAGCUCAAUAGGUAAAAUAAAAAAUAUAUUUCUAGCCUGUCUAUGUAUGGGUAACAGGGUUGACCUGUUAUGCUUGAUCCGCUCAGAGUAGAACCAUCUCACCUGCUUUUACGCUAGGAUUUGGCUAUUAGAUGUUUAUGGUUUCUUUUGAAAAAAAAAUGUUAAAAGGGAGAGUUUCACCAUAUUACAAUGAGAGUUCAGUUCACGUAACAGGGUUGACCUUUAGAAUGAGGGACAGAUGUAAAUGAAUCACUCAUCACACAAAAUAAAUAAUCAUCUUCAGAAAUGACUUUGUCAAAGCAGCAAAAUAACUCGGGCUUUACAAUGAUGGUGAGAACUUGUGGGGAUUAAGUGUGUUAAAAACAUCUUCCUAGAAGUCACUGAAGGUAGAUAGUGGGACAUGUAAAAAUGCUGAAUUUUGGCACUUAAUCAAGACUUUAUUUAUUCAUUCAGAUUGAUUCAAUUCUACAUGUGGUCUAGGUUAAAGGGCACUUCAUUUAAUAUAACAGGCUUUUGAAAUUCAAUAUUGAUGCACAAUUUCUACUUAAAAUAUCAAAGGGAUGCCAAAGACACUCUUUGUGGAUCGACCCAGUGAUAUAACACUUUGUCUUCAUGCUCUUUACCUUCAGAACCUUGUGACAUGUUGCCUUAAUUCCCUGUGAUCUGUAAUUUCUGUCCUCUCCACCCACUCUGUGAUGAUGAGGUAGUCCGUAUGUGUACAGUAGUGAAACUCGUUCCUAUUACACUGCUUAUCAUGUGUUUUGGGGGUAUAGAUGUUAUUGUCCUGUAAAAACAAAAACAAAUGUAUGUGAGAUUUUAAGCAGCUUAUUAAAAAUACAUUUUGAAAUACAGUA